UUGAAAAUAGAAAUCACACUUCCUAAACUCAAAUACGAGAUGGGGAAGGAACCUGUCAAUGGAUUUAAGGCCAUAGAAAAGUACUCGGACUUCAAGUACAUCGCCAAGGUGAAGGAGAUACUCAGGACUGAGCAGUUUAAGAGAAUCGAGGAUUCGUUCUUGGGUCCUGCUUUGCAGUUCUGUUCAAGGAAUCUCUCUAUGUAUUCGAAGGCUAUGUUCCCCACAUCUAAUUUACAGAAAGGGCAACAUAUGGAUGUCUUUCUGAAUCAUCAUUGGGGGAUAGAUGCCUACGAAUUGCUUUUAAAACCAGUGAAGAAGACUUUGGAGAACAGUCUACAAAAGGCCAAGUACCCUCUGGACGGGUUCCCAGUUGCGCUUCACCUAUGGAUCUUGGAAGCCGUACCCAAGCUUCAGUCGGCUUUCUCUAUGAUUGACAAAACAGGCCCGCCCACAGCUUUUUUGUAUGUGAAAUAUCUUCACACAACAUCUCCUACCAUCAAAGCUGUUUUCAGCAUAGAUGGCGAAAGCGAUAUGGAUGUCGUACACAACCUUCCAAAAAUACAUGGUGACCUCGAAGACACCGUGUUUUUGCAAGACAAAGACGAUGAAGAUCUGCAUUCGCUUGUGGAUCUGUUAGAGAAAGGCUUCAGGCUGGCACAUGAUCGCUGGAAAAGAAAGAUUGUGAAGAGAGACGAUGCAUUGCAAUACAUUACAUCGCAGUCAUAUCGCUAUCCCCAUUCAGAAAGAGCAAGACAAAACUCCAGACCACCUUCUUCAGACGAGUCAGUAGAGGCGAAGCUUGACCAGCUCAAGAAGAUAUUCGUAGAUGGACAUAGACAUAUCCGUUCUCGAUUAUCAAAGAUUGAGCAAAAGUUUGGCAUAUAUGAUCUUUCAGAUUCCAUUGAUGAGGAGGAUAUAUCUGAUGACGGAGAUUCUGACGUCUCGACUCAUGUGCACCAUCAAACUGGUAUAGACCCAAUGGAGAUGAACGAUGAUGAGACUACUGAGAGUAGCAAAGAACAGGAGAUAGCCCAGACACAGAUGGAAAAGGAUGAGAGGUCCCAACCAAUGGAGGAGCAACAAACUGUACAAACCCCGCCUGUGAUAUCGACAUCCAUGGAGACGGUUGGAGGCAAUGAACCCACAGAGAUGGACAAUGAUGAUGGGAGCCAAGAAAUGGAUGAAACUACAGUACAAACCCCGCCCGUGUUUACAUCCACGGAGACGGUUGCAGGCGCGGGACAAACAGAAACUAACAAUGAUGAUGGGACCCAAAAAAAGGAUGAAACUACAGUACAAACCCCACCCGUGGUUACAUCCACAGAGACGGUUGCAGGUGCGGGACAAACAGAAACUGACAAUGAUGAUGGGAGCCAAGAAAAAAAUGAAACUACAGUACAAACCCUGCCCGUGGUUACAUCCACUGAGACGUUUGCAGGCGCGGGACAAAUAGAAAUGGACAAUGAUGAUGGGAGCCAAGAAAAGGAUGAAAGUACAGUGGUUUCCGCACUUGUCGCUCCUAGCGUUGCUCCUGUAAAGGGAAUUAGAGGCGCGAGUCCUAAAACAUACUUGACGGAAGGUUCUUUAGUCAAAGUAUCGGGUGAUGAUAACAGGUGCUUCCCUGCUUCAGUUAUAAAUAGACAGUCUGGUCUAGGUCCUAUCCGCAGCUAUUAUUUGAGGUACUUGAGCAUUGAUAAGUAUGAGAAUGUCCAAGAGAUGCGGAUCUGUCCUACACCGCCUCAGCUGCUUCAAGAAGAACAUGUCGCCGAUGUUUUAGAGCUUGGGCAACUCGUUGAGGUUUACCACAAUGAGCACUGGUGCAUAGGGUGUGUGGAAGCGCCUACCGAGGGUACAGAGGUUUCUAUCCACCUUUAUGAUAUCGACAAAACACAACUAGUAGACGUUAGGGAAACAAGGAUUUUUAGACAAUGGGUGUACGAGGCGUGGGAUCCUCCUGUGGAUGUGGCUAUCCAGGAAAAUGCACUGACGUCUGCUUCGCCCACCACGGUAGAAGACAUUGUGAAGGGUAAACCGGAGAAGGAGAAAGUGGAGAAGGUGAAAUCCAAGGAGGAGAAAGGGAAGAAGGAGAAAGUGAAGAAAAAGAAAGAGAAGAAAGAGCAGAAUGAAGAGCUAGAGAAAACAUCUCUAAGAAGGAGCAAACGAUGUGUUGUUUGCAAACCUGGAUAUAAGAAGAAAAACAACAUGGAUUUGAAUACAUGGUAUCAGUUGAAAAUGGACAUCACACUUCCUAAACUCAAAUACGAGAUGGGGAAAGAACCAAUGAGUGGGUUCAAGGCCAUAGACAAGUACUCGGACUUCAAGUACAUCGCCAAAGUGAAGGAGAUACUCGGGCCUGAGCAGUUUAAGAGAAUCGGGGAUUCUUUCUUUGGUCCGGUUUUGCAGUUCUGUUCAAGGAAUCUCUCUAUGGCAGGGAAAAUGAUUCACACCAUUAUGUCCAAGUGCCUGAUAACCAAGAAGGAUAAGAAGCUCUGGUUUCAUUUUCAUGGACAUCCUAUGAGCUUCUCUAUAAGAGAAUUCCAUAUGGUAACGGGGCUGAAAUGCACAGAAUGGUUGCCUGAUGUUGAGGAUUGGAGGAUGGGCAUUCACCUGACGAGCUAA